AUGCGUGACUGGCACUCUCCACAAUGCAGAAGACCCGAUGUGGUCAUAUAUGAGGGGCUCGGCCUACCGACAUGUAUGGACUGCGGUGAGAUGUGUCCUCCUCAUGAAGUCGACAAAGACCACCAAGACGAACUCAAGAUACCGCCCGGGCCGCGGAGGACUGCCAUGCACUUGACGUGGCCACCGACUAUGUCUUUCACCAAGAAAGCUUAUCCCCACGGUCCUGUAUCAUUGAACAGUGCUCUGAAUAUUUAUUUGGAGAAUCUUCCUUGCCAUAAGGAAGACGGUCAGGAAACAUCUUUUUUUCUUUCUGAGACCAGUAGCCGGAAUGAGCCAUCCUUGAAGCAUAAGCCUAUGUAUAAAGAACUCCAUGGAAACAGGAUUCGUGUUUUGAGGCUAUCGAAAGGGCGCUUUGAGAGCCCUGUACACGGAUUCCUCGAAGUCCUCGAUCUCGAAAGCCAGGAGCCCAAUAUUGAAGAGCCAGGUACACUGUUAGUGGAUGAGAACCGCAAUCAUACCGAAUAUGAAGCGGUUUCAUAUACGUGGGCCACAAGCUCCGGCAAUAGGCGGAAGGAUCAUGUCAUCUUCAUCGGGAAGGCAUGGAACAUGCUACCUAUUACAGAAAACUGUUUUGAUGCAUUGAAAAACUGCCGUCUUGAAGAUCGAGAUCGCUAUCUAUGGAUCGACUCUAUAUGCAUCAACCAGUCUGAUAUCUCUGAAAGAACCCACCAAGUGGGUAUGAUGAGGGAAAUCUACUCUGCAGCCAGUCGCGUAUUGAUCUACCUUAGCGUCGACCGUGCGAAUAGUUCAAGAGCAGUCGACGAUCCAGAGGUACUCUGUCUGAACCCGUAUUUCUCGCGUAUAUGGGUUGUUCAGGAGAUUGGCUCGGCGAAGAAGGCACUAGUGUUGUAUGACCGCCAGUCUAUGAGUUGGGGAUUCUUCCAUGAGAAUCUGCAGCGACUUAUGACCAAGAGAUGGAUACGACACUUUGGUCGUCCGAGACAAAUCGACGACAUGAGCUCGUUCCUAGCACUGCUCGAAGACACCUGGGACUGCCAUGCGACAGACCCGAGGGAUAAAGUAUUCGCACUACUUGGGCUCUGGGAAGCAUAUUUAGAACCGGACUACACUCUUCCACCACAGGCUGUUUACACAGGGUUGGCUGCCAGCUUUGUGACGGAUGAGAACAAAAAACUGGCUGGAAGAGUACUUGACAUGGCGAGUCAGGGCCAUUUCAUGCCUGGCCUACCAUCUUGGGUUCCCGACUGGAGCGUCAAGAGUCAACAGCUAUACCAAAGGACCUGGUCCAAAGGAUAUAAGGGCGAUUGUCUGACGGAGUUCUUCAACCUUGUUUAUCAAGAGCAGUUUGAGCUCCUAUGGUUCUAUGUCCUUUACGACGCAGAGAGCACGAAGCAAGCUGUUGAAGAGUUUCCUUUGUUGAACAUAGGCGCUCAAUUUGCGCGUUUGUUUUGGUGGAGGUUUUAUCGAAGUAUUCACAGAGUAUACCACUUACUGGAAGGGAUAUUACCUACCGAUGAUCAGAUUGAACAACAGUGGAAUGCCUGUCUCAAGUGGCUGUCACAACGAAACUCCAUGAACCACGUGGCAGACUUGCCUUCGUAUGAGCCCAAGUUCCGGCACAAACCAGAAGAUGACGCCGAUUUCCCGUCUAACCACCGGGUUUAUCACUUUUUCUCCAAGCUCAACUACUAUGGAUGGUUCAUUUCAAUCCCUCUGCCAGGGGUAGCCCCAGAAGACAUUGAGAAAACGGAGCCUGAACCUACCUCACGCUCGAAACUAAACUUUGCGGAACGACGACUGUCUCAGAUUGUGCACUCUGAGAUUCAGCGACGAAGACUUCCGGAGAAGCUGUUUUCUUCUCUUUUUAGCGGUACUCAUACAAACCAAGAGCUGCCUGAUUUAGACUAUGAGAAGUUUCAAGCCAUGGUAGACAAUGGUCAUCCGCAUCUUCCGGAUUACAACCUCGCUGAAGGAUGGAGACAGGAGGCAAAGUCGUGGAAUGAGGUAGAGGCGUAUGUCUCAGACUCCGAGUGGCAUAUGACUAGCCUAAAGUUAAAGCUUUUGGGAGGUUGGGGUGCCAGGACAGAAGAGAAGAAGAAUUGGGACAUAUACAAGGAGAUCGUUGUGAUAUAG